AUGGAACAAGUCAAGAUGAACAGCGCGAACAACGAAGUCGUCCAACAAAUGGAGCGUCUCAGCAUCAACAAAGUCCAGACACCGGAGACCGCCUUGAGCCUCGCCUCCCUCCAUAUCAGCCAUCACAACCAUCCUAAUGGCUUUGCUGCCGCCUCUGGCUCCGAGGCUGAAGCUCCAUCCACACAAAGCUCUCCCAUCCGGCCCUCUACCUCCGCCACAGACGCAACCAAGGACAUAGACAUGGCGAACACCACUUCCAGCGGAAGUCCAGUCAAUCCACACAACGUAACCAAGACCUCUACUCGCCCUCAUCAAGUUCCGACUCACCCGGAACUGGAAACCCGGUUCUACUACCACAAGUGUUACCUCGAAGCCCGCCUCCAGGCAUGCCAAACCCGGGUCCAUCUGGGAGCCAGAAAAGACGCGAUGGAGCUUGCGAAGACAGAUAUUCCCAGGGCUAUACUGGAAUACUUUGAGGCGCUGAGGAAGCUUGCGAAGAGAGAUACUGCCAGGGCUAGACUGGAAUUAGUGGAAUACUUUCUAGCGCUGAGGGAGCUUGGGAGGGUAGCGGGAGAAGACAUCACGAAGGAGAUGUGGGAGAUAUCAGGCUUGAUGACAGAAGAGGCGGUGUUGGGAGAUAUCCCAGACGACACUAUGAUGGAAGAGUAG